AUGGACCUGCCUCACCAACACCGCUACCAAGACCACUCCUCAGCCAAGGUGUUUUUCGAAUCCUGCCUCGAUACCUUCGAGUCCACUGCCCCUCCACCACAGCACUACCCUUCGCCGUCUGCCUCUUCCUCUUCUUCCAUCUCUUCUUCCGACACCCUCGUCAACACUUCCCAACAGCAACCCGACUCCAACAAGCACACUUACUCCACUAUGGACCGCCACCACUCUCAACAACAGCAGCAGCCCCCUACUCCCGCAGCAGAGGUGACUUCCACCUCUGCAGGCCCAAUUGACUUUAGCGGUCCCUAUGGUCCCGUCUCGACCAGUGCCAACAUGCCCUUGGCUCCCGUCUAUCCCCUGCUUGCCGAGGCCCUUGAGCGCGAGGGCUUCCCCGGCCUGGCCUCGAUGCUCGCCUACACGCACGAGCAGCACCAGCUCGAGCAAGUGACCGUCCAAUCUGCCCUUGAGCACCAAUACUCAAUGUCGUCUUCCUCCGCGGGAUAUCACCACGACCAAGACAACAACAACCACUCGCACGCUCUCCCCCUUCAACAACAACAACAACAACAACAAUCCCAGCAACACGAUACCUAUCUCAUUGACUUUGUCAUGGGCCAGAACACAUACUCCCCUGCCGACUCGAGUGCCUCCUCUUCAACUGCUGCCACUUACCCUCAAGAGCAAACCAUGCUUAUCAACAACACUCAAGCCAACGCCAGCAACACCGACCCGGCUCUCCAGGACCCCAACAACCCCUACAACCUCAUGGGCAGCAUGAACCCCUUCGAGCUGUUGCAGUACAACUCCCUCCUCCUCGACGGCCAAUACCUCGACGCUCUCCCCUACACUAUCAACACCCCCGGCGCCGGUGGCUGCGGCGACGGUAUGGACCCCAAUGCCUGGUGCGAUGCUCCUCAAGCCUUUGGCAUGGGCUCUAACGGUAUCUUUGGCGACCAGUUAUCGCACUUCAUCCAGCCCUCCCAGCAGCAGCAGCAGCAGCAGCAGGGUUACUUCAACCCCUCUAUGCCUUCCUCCUCUGGAUCGUCCUCCGCUGGUUCUUCGUCCUCCGCUGGCUCAUCUUCCUCCGCCGGUCACAUUGGUUUCAACCUGCCUUCCUGGGCUGGCGCUGCCGGUCUUUACGCUCAGAACGACUAUCUGAUGGAUCGCAAGCGCGAGGGUGCUGGCAUGCCCGGCCAGGCCAUGAUGUCAGGAGCCGUGAUCGCUCCCCGCACGGUUCAGCCCCAGUUGGAAUCUCCCGAGACCGAAGACACAGACGAUGAGGAUGAUGACGCAGACUCUGACAACGAGGAGAACAGCAGCUAUCCUACCGACGACAAUGUUGUUCCAGCUCUGUCCCUGCCCAAGCGCAACUCUCGGCGGGCAUCCCAGGGCUUGAAGCACGAGCGCGAUGAGGAGGAGCCCCAAUACCAGCAGCAGCAGCAUCACCACCAAUACCAUCAGCAACAGCAACACAGCCAGCUUUACCAUCAGACUCAGCACCAACAGCAGAGCCAUCUGAGCCACAGUCACUAUAGCCACCACGGCCAACACGGACAGCAAUACCAUCAGCACCACCACAACAACAGCAUCGGCUCCAGCAUCAGCACCAGCCAUCCUCAGCAGUCGUACGAGCACCAGAGUGCCUCGUCGUCCAAGCGCGCAAGGAUGGAUUCGUUGACGGUUGGUUCCGCCUCGGCUGGUCAGCGUAGGUUGUCGGGAGCUCACUCACCGGCCCACUCUCGCAACAGCUCGAUCUCGUCUGUCCACAGCCUGUUGUCGUCCUUGGAGCACAACUACAUUGACUCCAAGGCUGUAGUCAAGGGUUCUUCGCCUUCCUCUUGUUCUCCUUCGGGUUCGUCGACAAAGUUCACCCGCCCUCAGUCUGACACGAUCGAGAAGCGCAUGCACCCUUGCACGUUCGAGGGCUGCGACAAGUCAUUCACGCGUGCCUUCAACCUCCGGUCGCAUGUCAACACCCACAAUGGUGAGCGGCCCCACAAAUGCCCCGAACCCGGCUGCGACUGGGACUUUGUCCGUCGUCACGAUCUUGAUCGCCAUGUCAAGUCGAAGCAUUUGGCCAACAAGCCCUAUGCCUGCAACCUCUGCACCUCUCGCUUUGGUCGUAGCGAUGCUCUCCAGAGACAUCGUCGCCUCGAGAACCACUUUUAA